UCCGCAGCGAGCUGCGCUGAGCCCCGUGGCCGCGCGAGCACGGCCUCCUUCAGCGCUGCUGAAAUUACCCUGCGAGCUGCUGAAUGUGCAGGCUUGCAGUUUGACCCCGCCGUAACGUACACGGUCAAAGCUCGUGGUAAAUGUCAAGCCCGAGCGAGGAAAGAGGGCUGCGCUCACGCUAUCGCUGACAGUACGUUGGGUAUCCCUGAAAUAGAACGAUGUAUAUGGGCUGUGCGAGCCGCCUGCGCUAUUUUAAGUGUUACUAAACCUCACGGCCGCAUCUUUUGGGAGCCGGGAGCGAGGCAGCCGCACGGUAGGGAUCCGUCUGCUCUCCGGGGCGGUGGUAACGGGGCAGGCGCCGCUGCGUGCGGGGUGGCAAAGGCCGGGAAGGUCAGGGAAUGGCUGAGCCGGGCGGGGGGGCGGCUGGGACCGCUGCGGGUCGGGGUGCGGAGGGGAAGCCGGGCAGCGCGACUAGCUCUGCACAGAGCAGUGCCUCUGAGGCUGAGGUCUAGCUGCUGUCCUGGCUGCUGGCAGCUUUCUGUCCCGAGCAGAACGCUUUCAUCGUUAACCGCUGGGCUUGCGAGUAAGCGAAUAAAGCCGCUGAAAGAUCCGGUUGUGAAAACCGUGGCUGUUGUUUUCUGUCCGCCCCUCCGCUGCUUCAAAUCGCCGCACCAGAUUUGGAAGGUGUGCUAGGGGAAAACGAGCGGAUUGUUUUCUGGUGAUCUCAGGCGCCGAUGUUCUGUGCUGAAGGGCUGCUGUGAGGCACGCGCUGGGGCAGCUGGAGCUGUUCCGGGCUGGCUGCGUCUCUUCACAGGACGGCACCGUGAGGUCCGGGUGCGUUCUCUGGGAGCGCCGCACUCGAAGAACACAGGGCAGCUCAAUGCCCCGCGCUGCCGCCCCGCUGACAGCGAGCGGAGGAGGUGUUGAAGGACGUCCGCGGCUGUUCCUCUGCCAGCAGACUUGCCAUCUUCCACUUGUGCUCGGCUGUUCCCCCCGGUGCGGCGUCGCGGCGGACGGCGUCGAUGGAGCCGCUGUGUGGUUGUGUGCGGCUGUGGGUGCACCGCUUCCUUGGAAGCACAGCUGGGCCUGUGACGCUGUGCGUGGCAGGUGCAGGGCUACAGGCGCUCUGCAGGGAACCUGGACGGCGCCUACUGCUUCUGCGAUCGAAGAGGUUCACGCUGAACCUUUCGGCGGUGUGAAAUCGCACCCUUCGAUCUGCCCCGAGCAUCAGCUGUUCUGUUCUGUCAGUUUGCCGUGCCAGGUUUGCCCAGUCCACGAUGCGCUGCCUCCCGCAGCGUGCGCCCACCUGGCUCUACCGUAUCUGUACUUCCGUGCUUUAUAGCUGAGAUUCCUGCUGCCCAAAGUGGGAGAUCACAAAUGUGUUUUGUGUCGCUUUGUGCCACACGGCCGAUGGGGCCACUGGGAUCACAGCUUUUGGUGUUCCUCUCCCUCCCUGGCUGCGCCCUCUGCAAUCUUUAUGCUGAAGAACUCUAAGAACUGUCCGAAGUCAGAUGUGUUAGUUCCUUCUGCUAAGUAGUCCUCAUAGAAUAGAGGCCCUCAGGAUUGCUUCGCUCUCCCCACGUAAAGCCAACGCGUGUCAGCCUGGUCUGAUGAACAGCAGCAAGAAGCGAGAUGAGUUACGCAUCUGUUUGCUUGGAAAGGACGUCCGUGUCCAGGGCAAAGGUGAUGUUUCUAAAGCACAGCCGUGAACUUGGGUGCUGUCACCCAGUGCCGCCCCUGGGUGUGUGUGAGUUGGAGGCUCUGUUGUUAGGGAUGAGCUCUCGAAAGACUUUUCCUGGUAGGUUCGGCCUUGAGUAAUUGUAAUUGUAGGAAGUAACAUUGCAACAGCGUUUGCUGCAGAGUAAACAUCGCUUCCCGCAGCCUAAGCAGGGCUGUGGGCCGCCGCCGCGCGGGGCCAGGUGACUCCUUGGGAUGUGUCACUGCUGCUUCCUGUGUUCCCAUGCCUGAGCUUGACCAUGAAGCCGCUCCUGGUAGCGCCGGCCCAGUGGCCUGCUCUGCGGGGAGGUUUCCUCGGCAAGCAUCUCCAGCUUGCUCCGAGGGGAAGAAGAAUUUCCCUGAUCUUUCCAGCAUAAAAGCGAUGGUUGGACCUGUGUGGGGCCAGGAGUUGGAGCUGGUGUUCCUAAUGGGGCCCUUCCAGCUCGGGACGUUCUAUAAGAAGUGAAGUGCUUCAUAAAAUCGUGCCCGUCUGCCCCGGGAGGAGCACUGUCAAUGCUGGCGCUGCUGGUGAAGUCUGCUCCAACUUCAGGAGCCUCCUCCAGCAUCGCUGAGCCGAGGAGUGGUUUUGAGGAAAAUAAACUCGCGUUGGUUGGGAUUUUCAGCGAUAGCCAAGGACCGGUUAUGGGUGUUCCUUCAGAAUCUCUUAAAAAAGGUGACUUUGGUGGUCUCCAUGGAAACUCUUCUAUUCUGCAGCUUUGUGGAGGACUUGUAGGAGAGCUGCUGCCUGGCUUUGAGGAACAAAAAGUCAUCACAAGGUCUGCCUGGCUCCUUCCCCAGCUCUGAGGAGCCGGAGAUAAGGCAGCAGUAUGGUGCUGGGCCCUAAGGGCACUGGGGCUGUGAGCCGGGGGCUGCUUGGCUCCACACCACACGGCUGCCUCGGGAGGAGCGCUCCCCUCGUGCUAACUUACUGCCUUCCAAAAAAAAAAAAAGGGCUGAGAAAAAUGUGUGGGGAUUUUAGUCAUCGUUCUGAGGCGCCUGCACAUUUCUUCGCCUUCUGCAGAUGCUAAAACUGAGUGUGGGGGGGAGCGCGCUAAGUCUUCUGAGAAGCGGAAGCCAAGCAAUUAAAAAGGGAUUUUCUUGGGGCUGUCUGAAACACUGACACGUUCUCCUCUAAUGGCUGUUUUUCAGCGGAGGACAGGCCGCUAACCAGUUUGACGGAGCUGCUUUCUCCCAAGUGCCUGGGCAGGACCGUGCUCCGGAUCCUUAGGUCCCGAGGAGAACCUGUGCGGAAACCCAGCCCGGUGACUGCCCCGAGAGCCGCCCCGAGCCGCCUGUUUGCAGCGUGAAGCCAGCUGACGUCUGUCCAGCGUGGCCUGGGAAGCAUGAGGCCGUGGCGCUGGGAGCCCUGAGGAGCGCCGAGCUCGCAGGAGGAAUGUUACGGUGGGCGGUGCACCUGGAAGGCGGGCCGCGCAGGGUGAACCACGCGGCCGUGGCCGUGGGGCACAAGGUGUACUCCUUCGGAGGGUAUUGCUCUGGAGAAGACUAUGAGACGCUGCGGCAGAUCGACGUCCACGUUUUUAAUGCAGUGUCCCUGCGCUGGAUCAAGCUGCCUCCAGUGUGGACAAACAGCCGAGACCAAGUGAGAGAGGUGCCCUACAUGAGGUAUGGGCACUCAGCAGUGCUCAUCGACGACAUCGUCUACAUAUGGGGAGGCCGCAACGACACGGAGGGAGCCUGCAACGUGCUCUAUGCCUUUGAUGUCAACACGCACAAGUGGUUCACGCCAAAGGUGUCUGGAAUGGUCCCAGGAGCAAGAGACGGGCACUCAGCUUGCGUCCUGGCAAAGAGCAUGUUUAUCUUCGGAGGCUACGAGCAGCUGGCCGACUGCUUUUCGAACGACAUCCAUAAAUUGGACACCACAAACAUGAUGUGGACCUUAAUCUCUGCCAAGGGUACACCAGCUCGCUGGAGAGACUUCCAUUCAGCUACCAUCAUUGGAACAAAGAUGUAUGUAUUUGGGGGCAGAGCUGAUCGUUUUGGGCCAUUUCACUCCAACAACGAGAUCUACUGUAACCGCAUUAAAGUGUUUGAUACAGAGACAAACUCCUGGCUGGACUCCCCUCCCACUCCAGUGCUCCCUGAAGGCCGGCGGAGCCAUUCAGCAUUCAGCUACAAUGGGGAGCUCUACGUAUUUGGUGGCUACAACGCCCGCCUGAACAGACACUUCCACGAUCUCUGGAAAUUCAAUCCAGUUUCCCUUUCAUGGAGGAAGAUUGAGCCCAAGGGGAAAGGCCCAUGUCCUCGACGCCGGCAGUGCUGCUGCAGAGUAGGGGACAAAAUCAUCCUCUUUGGAGGCACCAGCCCAUCUCCGGAGGAGGGCAUGGGCGAUGAAUUCGACCUGAUGGAUCACUCAGAUCUCUACAUCCUCGACUUCAGCCCUAGCCUAAAGACGUUGUGUAAGCUAGCAGUGAUCCAGUACAGCCUGGACCAGUCCUGCCUUCCCCACGACAUCAGAUGGGAGCUCUCAGCCAUGACGACGAACAGCACCAUCAGCCGCCCCAUCGUCUCCUCGCAGGGCUGAUGCUGGCUUAUCCCUCUGUCACCCUCUUCUCACCCCUUCACACACUGACCUCUUGCUCCACUGCCUGCAUGAAUUUUAGCCCUUUCAAGCAAGGAACCUACGUGAGCUCCGUUUGUCUCGCCCCAGCCAGGCCUCCUUGGGCCCUUGUCACUUUCAGGGCAGCACAGGUGUGCAGGCAGAGCAGGCCCCUAGGGAAGAAAUCUGCGUGCCCCAGCAGCACAGCUGUGAACGCCCAUCCUCGCCUGAAGAGCUGCAGCCGUGCUGGCCUAGUCCCCCGCCAGCAAGGGCCUGAACUGAACUUCUGCCACCGGCCCCAGGCUUGGAACUAUUCCCGCGCUGCCUCGCGAUCAUGAUGAUGUUCAUGCCUGCACCCAUUGGUGCUGAGCUGCCCCCGGCACCGGCCUGCAGGCCCCGUGUGGAGCUGAGCCCCUGCACCUGACACUGGGGCUCUUCUGCCUGGCUCAGGUUGUAACACAGUGACCAGUGGGCGUUUUAUAAACACUGAGGUGGAAGUGGC